CAAUAUUCAAUGUUACAACUAUUUGGAAUUAGUUUAAUAUAAAAAAGAAAUAUAUAUAUAUAUAUAUAUAUAUAAUCGAAGGGGUAGAAUAAGUUAUUGGGCAGAAAGAAGUUAUUGAAAAGCAAAAAAUGAAAAGAAAAAAAUAUGAAGAAGAAAACAGAAGAGAGGCUACAGAAGAUUGGCCAAAAUCAAUUCAUGUUCCACCGAUAUAUGGGUAUGCGUCACGUCACAUAAUAUGAAUGCCUCGGCCGCCUAAUGACAAUGGCAUUUCCGCAAUAAACAUUAAAAAUCUGACCUCUUAGAUAAGGUCGACUGCGGGCUGUAUAUAUACGCUGCGGCUGAGCCCAUUACAUUCGUCGCAAAAAAAAAAAAACAAAACAAAACAAAAAAAACAAAAAACACAAACAAAAACAACUUGUAAUAACCCAGCUUGCUUGAGAAUAUCACAAUCCUUUUGAGAGAGAGCAAAGAAAAGAUGGCUGAAGAAAAUCAAGUCAUCGACUGCCACACUACUGAGGCAUGGGAAGAGCAGCUCCAUAAGGGAAACGAGAACAAGAAACUGCUGGUGGUGGAUUUCACGGCUUGGUCUUAUGGACCUUGCCAGUUGAUCGCCCCAAUCUUGGCGGAGUUGGCUAAGAAGAACCCAAAAGUAACGUUCCUAAAAGUGGACGUGGAUGAACUGAAGACUGUUUCUGAAAAGUGGGGUGUGGAUGCAGUGCCUACCUUCCUCUUCCUCAAGGAAGGCAAGGUAGUGGACAAGGUUGUGGGUGCCAAGAAAGACGAGUUACGGACCAAAGUAGAGAAGCAUGACGCUGCUGCCUCCCGCGUUGAUGAUACCAGCCGCACCGGUGCUACUGCUAAGGCUACUGCUACUGCUUGUAAUAGUGCUACUGCUACUGCUACCGCUACUGCUACUAGUACUACUACUAGUACUGCUGCUGCUGCCACUCCUACUGCUACUUCUACAGAUACUGCCUAACUUCUGUCAUUCUCUGUGGAGGAGACCAUGAAACUCGUUUCUGUUUCACUAGUUGUUUAUAACUUUUAUGCGUUUCUUUUAAGACAUCUGAAUGCUUUAUGUAUAUGGCUACUAGUUCCCAUAUGAUGCCUCAUGCCAAUUAUCUAUGAAUGUUUAAAAAAAAAAAAAUUACAUAUGGGUUAAGCUAUGACACGUGA